UCGCCCAGCGCUAUUCCAGUGUUCGGACUUCCCCAAUGUCGCGCGAGGCCACUAGAUUUUUCCUGACGCGGUCGCUGCUCCCACUUGCCCUCCCGAAGUCGCAGCGGCAGCGGGGGCGGCUGGGGUCUGGCAUUUGCGCGGCGAGGGCUUUCGCCAUGGCGGCCUCGGGGUUCGGCGGCGGCGAGGCGUUCCGGCUCUCGGCCGCGCCGGGGGCCGGCGCGCUGAAGCUGCACAAGGGCGACAUCACCCUCUGGUCCGUCGACGGCGCCACUGACGCCAUCGUUAAUGCUGCUAAUGAGCGAAUGCUAGGAGGUGGAGGUGUUGACGGAGCUAUACAUCGAGCUGCUGGACCAGAAUUAGUGCAAGCAUGCCGCAAAGUUCCAGAGGUCAAACCAGGAGUUCGUUGCCCAACUGGAGAAGCUAGGAUUACUCCAGCUUUCAAGCUUCCUGUGUCCCGAGUGAUUCACACUGUUGGGCCCAUAUAUGACAUGGACAAGCAUCCAGAGGUGUCGUUGAAGAAUGCCUAUGAAAAUAGCUUGAAGCUUGCUAAAGAGAAUGGCAUUCAGUACAUCGCAUUCCCUGCUAUAUCUUGUGGUGUUUUCCGAUAUCCACCCAAAGAAGCAUCGAAAAUAGCUGUUUCUACUGCACAACAAUUUUCAGAGGAUAUCAAAGAGGUGCAUUUUGUUCUGUUUUCGGAUGAUCUGUACGAGAUUUGGCGUGAGACUGCCCAGGAGAUGCUAUCACAAUUUCAAAAAUGAAUGGGCUUAUAGUUUCUGAUGCGGCUGUAGUUGGCUGCUGGCCUGUGUCGAGAUGUGAGAGCCAGAAGCAGUUUACCGAUGUAACAAUAUGAGUGCAUUGAACGACAUUUUAAUCUUUAACCAUGUCAUGCACUUGUGGUAUAAUGUCGAAUGAAUAAGGUUUGACGAUACCGAGAAGCACUUGCAAUUGUUAGUCA